AUGCCACCUUCGUACUUCCCUCUUAGGUGGGAAAGCACUGGAGAUCAGUGGUGGUAUGCGUCGCCCAUUGAUUUUGCAGCUGCUAAUGGCCACUAUGACUUGGUGAGGGAGCUUCUCUACCUUGAUACCAAUCUCCUCAUCAAACUCACUUCCCUUCGUCGGAUUCGUCGGCUUGAAACUGUUUGGGACGACGACGAGCAGUUCAAUGAUGUAGCCAAAUGUCGUUCUCAUGUAGCCAGGCAGCUACUUCUAGAAUGUGAAACAAAAAGAGGUCGCAACUCUCUCAUUAGAGCUGGAUAUGGUGGUUGGCUUUUGUACACUGCUGCUUCAGCAGGUGAUGGGGCUUUUGUCAAUGAAUUGUUGGAGAGAGACCCUCUUCUUGUUUUUGGAGAAGGAGAAUAUGGUGUCACUGACAUAUUUUAUGCCGCAGCGAGGAGCAGGAAUUCUGAGGUUUUCAGGCUCUUGCUUGAUGUCUCUAUUUCACAGCGAUGUGGCCUUGGCUCUGGAGGAGAGUUGGAGGAGCAGCAGAGUGAGAGUCGUUCGGAAUUUAAGUGGGAGAUGAUGAAUAGAGCUGUCCAUGCUGCGGCUAGAGGUGGGAAUUUGGAGAUUUUGAAGGAGCUUAUAGGAAAUUGCUCGGAUGUUCUUCUAUAUAGAGAUGCUCAAGGGUCCACUGUCUUACAUGCUGCUGCAGGGAGGGGGCAGGUCGAGGUAGUUAAGGAUCUAAUUUCAUCCUUCGAUAUCAUUUCCCACAAAGAUUAUCAAGGGAACAUGGCACUACAUGUGGCUGCUUACAGGGGUUACUUGGCUGUGGCAGAGGUUCUGAUACUUGCAUCUCCCUCACUCGCCUCCUUUACAAAUAACUACGGAGAUACUUUUCUCCAUAUGGCAGUGUCAGGUUUUCGAACCUCUGGUUUUCGAAGAAUGGAUAGGCAGACUGAGCUCAUCAAGCAGUUAGUGAGUGGUAAGAUUGUGAAUAUCAAGGAUGUGAUCAAUAUCAAAAACAAUGACGGAAGAACAGCCCUUCAUUUGGCUGUAAUUGAGAAUAUUCAGUCUAAUCUGGUGGAACUUCUCAUGACUGUACCAUCAAUCAACUUAAACAUUCGUGAUGCGGAUGCCAUGACUCCACUAGAUCUCCUCAAGCAACGGCCGAGAUCAGCAUCUUCUGAAAUUUUAAUGAAGCAGCUGAUCUCAGCUGGAGGGAUCUCUAAUCGUCAUAACAUUGCCAGAAGUGUUAUUGUUUCUCAUCUGAAAGGGCAUGGUAUAGGAAUGAGUCCUGGCACCUCUUUUAGAAUUUCAGAUGCAGAGAUAUUCUUGUACACGGGUAUUGAGAACGCAUCUGAUGCCAGUUGCGAUCACACAAGUGUUGGUGAUAAUUCAUGCUUGAGCGAUCCAAGUGAUACUGACACAGGUAACUCGUUGGACAACAAAAUAUCAGGCUCUGUAAAUAAUGCUGCAAGGCGUCUUAGGUCUCUCCUUCAGUUGCCCAGGAGGAAAGAGAAAAAAGCUGCUUCAUUGGAAUCAGAAGAUAAUGACUCUUUAAACUCAUUUAAUUUAUCCCAAACCUUGGAAGACCGUCCUAUUCCUCUCCGGCAGAGAUACUCAAAACUGUUUUCCCUCUCAACCAACAAAAGGACACUUUCUGGAAGGAGCAGUCUUCUUCCAAGUCCAUCAACUAGGAAGAAAUUUACCAUGGGGCUAAUGCAUGGUGUUAUUCGAGCAAAACAACAUUUAGCUGUUCCAGUUAGGUCGCCUCCAAGUCCCUUUUCAGGAUCAUCCAUGCAGUCUUCGCCCAUUUCAUUGGAUAAAGAAAAGGAUAUUGAUAUUGCAGGAACCUCAUACUCAAAUCAACCAUUGAAACAUAAACAAGCAUCCUUCAACAAGAAGUUGAUGAACGAGUAUUUUUGCUUUGGUGAGCAAGGCCUAGCAGUGGAAGAUUCAAGGACAAAUCAGAGCUACAAGCAUGCCACUCCUUUAGUAGCCUGA